GGGACUGAUGCCCUUGGCCAUGAGGAACCCCCAGCCAUUAUUUGCACAGGUGCAGCCUGUGUGACUGAGCCACCGCUGCUCCAGCUGUUUCACGUCACGGUUCCCUUUACUGAACAGUUGGAUGGGGCAUCGGGCGGAUGACCGCGGGAACGGUCGUGAUCACUGGCGGAAUCCUAGCUACGGUGAUCCUCCUCUGCAUCAUCGCCGUCCUGUGCUACUGUAGGCUCCAGUAUUACUGCUGCAAGAAGAGCACAGCUGAAGAUGCAGACCAGGAGGAGGACGAAGAGGAGGAGCAUGGCCUUCCCGCCCACCCCAGGGGCCCCACCUGCAAUGCCUGCAGCUCCCGAGCUCUGGACGGCAGAGGCAGCCUGGCACCUCUCACCGGCGAGCCCUGCAGCCAGCCGUGCGGGGUGGCCGCCGGCCACUGCACCACCUGCUCCCCUUACCACACCCCCUUCUACAUACGGACAGCUGACAUGGUGCCCAACGGGGGUGGAGGCGAGAGGCUCUCCUUUGCUCCAGUUUGCUACAAGGAAGGGGGACCCCCAUCCCUCAAACUGGCAGCGCCCCAGAGUUACCCGGUGACCUGGCCAGGCUCUGGGCGUGAGGCCUUCACCAAUCCAAGGGCUAUUAGCACAGACGUGUGA